AUGGCUGACAACUACUCUUUCGAAUAUUUUACCGUCCGACUUCCCACCGAUCAUCAAUAUGUGGCCCAUGUGGAAAUCAAUCGUCCGGAAAGGUUGAAUGCCUUCAUCGAAGUUAUGUGGGAAAAUAUGGCCCAGAUCUUCAACAAGCUUUCCUUGGAUCCUCGCGUUCGCGCAAUCGUCCUCAGCGGCGCUGGAGAGAAGGCAUUCACCACCGGGCUAGAUGUCAAAGCAGCCUCGGAAGGUCUUCUGUCGUCAGACACCAAGACCGACCCAGCUCGAAAGGCAGCCGUUUUGCGUCGCCAUAUCACCGCCUUCCAGGACUGCAUCACCGCGGUAGAGCGUUGUGAAAAGCCCGUUAUAGUUGCCCUUCAUGGAUUCUCAUUGGGACUCGGCAUUGACCUGUCAACGGCGACGGAUAUUCGUCUCUGUGCCAGGGAUACCCGGUUCGGGGUCAAGGAAGUCGAUAUCGGAAUCGCAGCAGACAUCGGUACCCUCAGCCGACUCCCCAAGGUGGUCGGAAAUUACGGCUGGGUAAAGGAGGUCGCUCUGACAGCGCGCGAGUUCGGCGCCGAGGAGGCGCUGCGUGUGGGAUUCGUUAAUGCAGUAUACGAUAACCGCGACGCCACCAUUGCGGCCGCAUUUAAGCUCGCCGACCUGAUAGCCAGCAAGAGCCCCGUGGCUGUGCAGGGCACCAAGGAGAUCUUGAACUUCUCGCGCGACCACUCUGUGCAAGAUGGACUGCGAUAUACGAGCGUAUGGAAUAGCGCUGCUUUGCAGACGCAGGAUGUCUCGGCAGCUCUGCUGUCUGGGUUGCAAAAGCGUACUCCAACAUUCGAGAAGUUGUAG